CAUCGCGACGGAAUCAACGACCACGUUCGUUUCACAUCGGGAUGUCGAUGUAUCGGUUUAGCAAAGGUGGCCGGUUGUUCGUGCAGGGCACCAGGGAGGAUGACCCUCGCGAGACCGUGGUCACUAGCCCCGCAUCGGCGACGACACCGGUCGCCGACGAUCUGACGGCGAUCUAUACGAAACGGAGACUCUCUACCGAGGUUCUAGGAUCGUCGAUCGAGUCUACGAAGACAUCGAGACACGGCGAGAACGGCACGAAACGUAUCGUGACACGGAUCGUUCGUAAAACGACCACGUUGACACGUGGCGAGGAACGAUGCGUCGCCGAGGAUCUGACGAAACGCGGUACUUCCGGCUAUCUGCAGGAGACCACCGCCGCAGCUUCCUCCACUUCCUUCUCCCUGAGUCGACAGGCUUCACCAAAACCGAAAACCGUUCGGAUAUCCGAUAUAGUGGUGGGUCAAGAACCGAACGUGACUGCCCGCGAGGCCCUACUGCGAUGGGCGAGACGAUCGACCGCGCGUUAUCCUGGUGUACGCGUGACGGACUUCACCGGAUCAUGGAGGGACGGUCUGGCGUUCAGCGCCCUGAUACACCGAAACAGGCCGGACCUGGUCGAUUGGCGGGGCGCACGUUCCUGUCAGCCGCGGGAGCGGCUCGACCGGGUCUUCCACGUCGCGGAGCGCGAGUAUGGCGUUACGAGGCUUCUCGAUCCCGAAGACGUGGACACUCCUGAACCGGACGAGAAGUCCUUGAUAACGUACAUCUCUUCGCUCUACGACGUGUUCCCGGAGCCGCCGGCAAUCCAUCCGCUCUACGACGCAGAGGCGCAGAGACGAUCGGCGGAGUACAGAGAGCUCGCUAGUUCCUUACAUUUGUGGAUACGCGAGAAAAUGAGCCUGAUGCAGGAACGUGCGUUCCCGCCGACUUUAAUCGAGAUGAAGAAACUGGCCGCCGACAGCACGAAAUUCAAGAACGAGGAGGUGCCGCCUCGAUACCGAGACAAGCAGCGGCUCGCUUAUAUAUUCCGGGAUCUACAGAAAUACUUCGAGGCGGUCGGCGAGGUGGACAUGGAGCCGGAAUUACACAUCGAUGUGAUCGAGAAGAAUUGGAAUCGUCUGAUAAUGCUGCACCAGGAGAGAGAACAGGCGAUCAUCGACGAAAUCAAACGACUCGAACGACUCCAACGACUGGCCGAGAAAGUUCACAGGGAGAUGAAGACGACCGACAAUCGAUUAGAGGAGCUCGAGAGACGCGUCGAGGACGAAGCGAGACGCCUCGAUCGUCUUCAUCCCCUCGAGGCGAAACACGCCGGGGACCUUCUCGAACAGGACAUACGAAAUACCGAAAUACAGAUUCAGAAUAUCUUCACGGACGUGCACACUCUUACCGAAGGGAGAUACAGUCAAGCUGCCGAGCUCCAUAAAAGGGUUCAGAAGCUACAUCAACGGUGGGUCGCCCUGCGAUCUCUUCUUCACAAACGAUUGGUACAGCCCCUGGCGGCCGUGUCCUUCCCGGUAGAGGAACGCGUCGUCACGAAGCAUCGCACAACCGUCCAUGAAACCCGACUAGUAGACACCAAUCCCCAUUUCCGUGCGCUGCACGAUUGCAUCGACUGGUGCAAGGCGAAAAUCAAGCAGCUACAGGACGCAGACUACGGCUCCGACUUGCCCAGCGUUCAGAACGAGCUGGACAAUCAUCAGCGUGAGCACAAGAACAUCGAGCAGUUCCAUCCAAAAGUCGACCGAUGCGUGCAGUCCAAGAACCACUUCCACGGUGAAGAACUAACAUUGUACAGUCAGCAUCUCGUCGUUCUGCAAAAGCUUUACGCCGAAUUGCUGUCCUCCUCGAACAAGAGGCUCUCCGAUUUGGACACGUUGCACGAUUUCAUUCAGUCCGCCACCGGCGAACUGGUAUGGUUGAGCUCCAAGGAGGAAACAGAGGUGACCAGAGACUGGAGCGACAAGAACUUAAACGUGCAGACUAUCGAGCAGUAUUACGAGUCCCUCAUGAGUGACUUGGAGAAACGAGAGAUCCAGUUCUCCGCGGUUCAGGAUCGCGGUGAAGCCUUGGUUCUCCAGCAUCAUCCGGCCGCGAAGACGAUCGAGGCGUACAUGUCCGCGAUGCAGAGCCAAUGGGCGUGGCUGCUUCAGUUGACCCUCUGCUUGGAGGUGCACCUGAAACACGCGGCACAGAGUCAGCAGUUCUUCCGUGAGAUCCAGCAAGCGGAACAGUGGAUCUCGAAGAGAGACGAGACGUUGAACACCAUCUAUUCCCAGUCUGAUUUCUCGUUGGAUGAGGGAGAACGUCUCCUGAAAGGUAUGCAGGAGCUCCGGGAAGAAUUGAACAGCUACGGCGAUCACGUGCAGAAGCUGGUGGAACAGGCGAAGGACGUCGUGCCCAUGAAGCAGCGUCGACAGCCCGUGACGCGACCGAUGCAGGUCACCUGUGUGUGCAGUUACAAGCAAGUGAACAUGUCGAUCGAGAAGGGGGAACAAUGCACGCUGUACGACAACUCCGGACGGAUAAAGUGGCGGGUCAAGAACCAAGAGGGCGUCGAGUCACCGGUGCCAGGUGUCUGUUUCGCUCUUCAACCGCCGGACAAGGAAGCCCUGGACGCGGCCGAGAGGCUGCGACGUCAGUACGACAGAAGUGUCGCGCUCUGGCAGCGUAAGCAGCUGCGACUCCGACAGAACAUGAUAUUCGCUACCAUCAAGGUGGUGAAGGGUUGGGAUCUGCCGCAGUUCUUGGCGAUGGGCCAGGAUCAACGAACCGCCAUCAGGAAAGCCUUGAACGAGGACGCCGAGAAACUGUUGUCCGAGGGCGACCCGGCUGAUCCGCAAUUGAGACGAUUGAAACGCGAAAUGGCCGAGGUGAACAAGCUGUUCGACGAACUGGAGAAACGGGCCAGAGCGGAGGAAGAAUCGAAGAACGCGGGACGUAUAUUCAACGAGCAAGUAUUGGCCCUUCAGCAGGCCCUCGACGAGGCUGAAAGGAUUUUAAACACCCGUAUAGCGGCCCCGUUGCCCAGAGAUCUAGACAGUUUGGAACACCUGGUGCUGCAGCACAAGGACUACGAGCAGAGCCUUCGUCGUCUGGCGCCGGAUCUCGAUCGAGUUCAGCAAACCUUCCGUGGCAUCACCCUGAAGACACCCGCGAUGAGAAACAAACUGGACGCCGUUACCACUAAAUGGAACCAUAUCUGGAACGCUAGUAAUCUUUACAUCGAACGACUGAAGUGCGUCGAGAUCCUGCUCUCUAGUCUGGAGGAGAACACCAACGUGAUCUCCGAGUUCGAGGUGAAAUUGGCGUCGUUCGACGAGCUACCGUCCGACAUCAAGGGAUUGCAGAACGUCCUGGAGGAUCUCAGGGUACUCCAGAACGCUAUCUCGCAGCAACAGAGCGCGAUGGAUCAGCUGAACGAGGACGCUCACAGCGCGAGACGUUUGGUCGAGAAGUCACGACCGAGUCAUCGCGGUCCUCACACCGACAUGGACCGAUUGGACGCUGAAGUGAAUCGACUGAACGUCAGAUGGACGAACGUGUGCGGUCAAUUGGUGGACAGGGUUCGAGGCGCGGAAGCGGCCUACAGUUUAGCCCAGCAAAUGGAACACGCUUAUCGUAACGAGGUCGAUUUCGUCGACGAAUCGUAUGGUAAACUCGAGGUGGAGAACGCGAAGAAUCUGUUGAACAGAGUGGUCGAACGAGCCCCGGCGAUCGAGGCGGUAAACGUGACGGGCGGUCGAUUGAUCCGCGAGGGAAAGAUCUACGGACAAAGGCUUCGAGCGUUCAAGGAACAACUGGAAGAUCUCUGCCCGUCUAUGGACGCCUCGGUGAAGAAACCCCGGCGGGAAUUCGUCUCGACGGUCGACGACGUCGCGAGAAAUCUGGACAAUCUGAACAUGAAGUACACCACGCUCGUGAAUAUCCUUCAGGAGCGGGUCAGGCGGAUGGCCACGCUUAAUCCCGAGGAUGCGUCUCUGCAACGCGCUCUCCAGGAGCAAAAGCCGCUUAGAACCUUCCGAACGGAAUUCAACAUCUACGAGAGUAGCACCUGCGAGGAGCGUUUCAGCUCGACCACGACGCACUACACCCAAUCGCAGUACAGCCUCGAGCGUCACGAAAGAACAGAACGAACCGAAAGGACCGAGAAGAUCGUGUCGGACAAGGUGCGUCGCGCUGGUUCCCAGGAGGUCUCGCGUCCGGUUCCCGAUGGAACCACGACGACGCACACCGUCGAGAGGAAUCACGAGCUCGAGAAGGAAACGAUACGAAGACGGGAGGAGGACGAGAAAAGGGAGGAACGUAGCGAGGAGAGGGACGAAUCGUCCUGGUCGAGGACGACGAGCAGCGCUAGCGGCGGAAGCGUGCAUUUUAGCGAGAUUAGGAGUCUAAAGAGGAUAGAACGGGCGGACGAGGGUAUGGGUACAGAGAACGUUAUUGAGAGUAGGGGUAUCGUGGAUCCGAGAACCGGUAACGUGUUGACGGUGGGCGAGGCGAUCAGUCUUAGGAUAUUGGACGUUAGGAGGGGUAGGAUAGUGUGCUCGAGGGAUGGAAAACAGACCGUCACGAUAGAGGAGGCGGCCCGCGAGAAGAUGAUCGACACGAGGCUCGCGGAUCGUCUGCUAGGCCCGUGCGGUUACGAUGAGGAGGGACGACCGGUGUCUCUGCUCGAGGCGAUCCAACGGGAGCUGUACGACGCGGAGAAAACCGACGGAACGGGGGACAGAGCGAAGGUAACAUACAGACAGACUACACCCGUGAACGACGCGGUUAGCGUAGCCGAUGCGAUAAAGGACGACGACCACCAACCGGUCGAUGGGCAUGGUUCUUCCGCGUUGGACCCGCGGACGGGCGAACUGGUCACGGAGGACGGAGAGAGGCUGACGGUCGAGGAGGCUCACGCGAAAGGUUACCUCGCGAAGCUGGACGUGACCGUCACGGUGAAGAGAAACGCGUUGCCCCUUUCCGACGUGAUAUCCCAGGGACUGGUCGACGAGACCCUCGGUCGCGUUCUCGAUCGUGUCACCGGGAAAAGUUACUCGCUCGACGAGGCUGUCGAGAAAGGGAUACUGGACUCGACCGCGAGGGAGAUCGUGGACGUUAGGAACGACACCAAGGUGACGCUUGUCGAAGCCAUGAAACAGGGCAUCAUGAAUCCUGUAACCGGGAAGUACAUGCACGGCCUGACGAUGGAGAAACUGUCUCUGAAGGAAGCGCGUAGGAGGAAAUUGAUCGUUAAACCGAUGACGCUUAAAGAUUGUCGUGACUCGGAAAUUAUCGACGAGAGCGGUAGGAUCACUAGUCCCGCGCACAGGACGAAAUUGACUGUAACGGAGGCGAUCGAGAGGGGCGUACUUGACGCCGAUCGUUUGAACUCGAUCGUUGACGCGAGAACGGGCGAAGCGAUCACGUUGUCCGAAGCUUUGAACCGCGGAUUAAUUAACCCCGAGAAGGCUACGUAUAGAGAUGCGAAUUCGGAAGAGGAGCUUGCUCUUUCCACAGCUGUCGAGAAAGGUCUUGUCACUUCUCUUGCUCAAAAGACUAUAUUCGAUAUAGACGGUUUCAGGGAUCCUUUGACCGGAGAGUAUGUGAGCUUAAACGCUGCCUUACUGAAAGGUCUAAUCAGUUCCAAAGCCGGUGGUAGCUAUAUUGUUGAUCCAAACACGGGAGAGACAGUUUCACUGGCCGAAGCGGAGGAACGAGGCUACGUUCGACCAGAAGUCUCAGAAAUGCUCAACAGGGGAAUAGGAAUCAUCGAGGAAGGCAAGGAGAUCACGCUUCUCGAAGCUGUCUUCUCCGAACUUCUUGAUCCCAAGACUGGUCUGCUGUUAGAUCCUAGAACCAAGAGGCCAGUGUCUCUCGAGAACGCUCUAAAACGAGGACUGAUCACACCCGAUGGCGCAGCUUUGCUCACAGGGUUGUUAAACGUCACGGUUACCACGCAGACGGUGACGAAGGUGAAGGAAGUUUAUCCAGAAGAGAUAGAAAGAGCGGAGAAGGCGCGGAUUAAUGAAAAAGAAAGAAGUCCUUCUGUCGACAGAUCGAUGGAUGCUGUAGAUUCGUUUGAAGAGUCCCUUAACGACAGUGUUCCUAGAGCAAUUGGUACCACAACGACUAUCAUCACUAAAGAGCGAGUGAUCUCCUCUUCGCAGGUGAAAGGGACCACUGUAAUUAACAUUACAGACAAUUCGUUCGAGACAGUAUCUACGGACGAGGACACAAAUGUCCUGAAACCAUCGUGGUCCAGACAGCACAGGGAUUCCGAGGAUGAUCAAAACAUGAACGUCGAGUCUCCAAGGGACAAUGUUCCCAAGGAGGAUAAUUCCUCUGCAGAAAGAAGAGUAUUUGAACUGCCAACCGACGGCUGGCCUUUAUCCGAGGCGAUCGACCGUAAAUUAUUCGAUCCAAUCACAGGUCUCUUCAUAAUUCCAGGCACGGACAGGUUAGUGUCCUUCGAGGAGUGCGUGAAGCUUCGGAUAAUAGAUCCAAAUUCGAGUUUCGUGGUCGAUCCGAACAACGGCAGGAAGGUGUCCCUGCUGAGAAGUCUAGAGAAGAAUAUCUUGGAUUCCACGGGUCACUAUACUCAUCCUCAGAAAAUAUCAAUGAAAGAGGCGAUCGGUAAAGGAUUAAUUAUACUGGAAGGCAAGCAUCCCGAUGGCGACAGCUCCCAACAAAGGCUGCUACGAAUCACAAAAGUGUCGGGAGAACCGGAUAAGCUCGAGCUCUCGAGGCCGGACGAUCCUUCGAAGCAGUUAGAAAUCAAAAUCAACGAAGCUACUCACACGAUACCGGAUCCAGUCAGGGUCUCCAAAGGUCUUAUUUACGACCCUAGUACUGCUCUAGUCAUAUCAACCGAAACAGGGAAAUCCAGUGAAUUGUUAUCGGCCCUUUUCGACGGUACUCUGCCGUCAGAAGUAGUGAUCGUUAAGGAUCCCGUCUCAGGAAAGUAUGUAGGCAUAGCAGAGGCCAUUCAGCGUGGUAUCCUGAACGCGGAGACGGCUGAAUACAAGGUGGACGAGAACAGAAAGAUAUCUUUGCUCGAUGCGGCAAAAUUCGGUAUAGUCUCCGUUGUGGGCUCGCCCUUGGUACCAGUCACAUCCUCGUCACCUAUCACCGAAACAGCUCCGCCUCAUAAGACAGAAACUGUACGAACUCCUGUCGAAGAAACAUCGUACAACGAACAGGAAGAGAUAACAGGUAAACCUACCACUUCCACUUCGAUCUCUGAACUAGACUCUGCUCUUGGUUCCACGUCUAUGAUGGAUUCAGUGAUUGAUUCCUCUCCAACAGCAGCAACCAGUGAAGAGCAUUCGGUGUCCAGGACAGAAGGGGAUGUUGAACCAGAGGAUUUAAAGAGGUCCAGCUUCGAACCCAAGUAUAAGGUAACCGUUGGGAAAGCAAUGGUGUCCGUGUCAAACGGAGAAGCCAAGCCGAUAGUUCUUCAGAAGAUGAGAAAAAGGGUUGUCAGACCGGAGGAGGCGUUAGAGAGCGGCUUGAUCGAUGCAGAGACGGCCGAGAUUAUCACCGUAACAAUGGCCGUGGACGAUGGAAAACCAGUUACUUUAUCGGAAGCUUUGAAAAGCAAAAGGAUCAACGCCGCGUCAGGGAAGAUCGUAGAUCCCCAAAGAGGUGAUAUUCUUAAUAUCGGAGAAGCCGUUGAACGUGGAAUCCUGGAUCCAGAGAGCGCCGAUGUUUUGGUGCCUUUGGCGAAGAGUCUAUCUAUUCCUGGUCUGUAUAAACAGGGUCUUUUGGACCCUGAAGAAGGCAAGGUCGUUCAUCCAGAGACUGGAGCUCAUCUGACUCUCAGAGAGGCUAUUCUAUGCGAGAUAGUGGAUCCUCUGUCGAAACUAACUUGUUCAGACGGACGUACGGACACGCUUCGUAACGCUAUCGAGAGCGAUCUUGUCGAUCCCGAAAGAUCCUUGAUAAGGACCAGCGAAGGUGCCAGCGUUAAUCUAGUGACAGCUGUCGAGAACAACGUUUUCGCGGAUUCGGAGAAAAAUCGGGAACAGAUACCACCCGCUGGGAUGACUUUCACUGUGGCUCUAGAAAGAGGUUUGAUAGACGCUACCGGAAAAGAAAUACGACAUCCGAUCACCAAGGAACGUUUGUCCCUCGAGGACGCCAUUAAAGGGAAUUUCAUAAUGGCUCUGCCUGGUCCUGUUACGUCCGACAGCAUGGAGGUGACGAAGGCUCUGGAGGCCGGUCUGAUCGAUCGAGAGAAGGGUGUUUUCGUUCAUCCGUCGACUGGAACAUCGGUACCUGUUCUGGAAGCCAUUGAAUCCGGUCUGCUGGUAGUCAAACCACCGACUACUUGCGCUACAGUCACCACUACUAUCAACGGCGGUAUCACCGAGACCGUCACCUCCUAUCAUACCGUUACCACGAAGACUUUGGGUAUUUUAUCCGGCUACGAGUUAGUGAAUGCCGCAGAAGUGAGGAACAUUGAAACUGGCGAGAAAAUCAGUAUCGAAGAGGCGAGACACAGAGGUAUAGUCAGAGACGAAUCUGAACGGCGAGAGGAGUUCACUACCAAGGACAUUAAAAUGUCUUUCGACGAUGCAUUACAAAAAGGUCUCCUCGAUAUCACAGCUGGUACUUACACCAAUCCUUCGACAGGAGUCGCCAUGUCUAUUCAGGAUGCUGUUGAAAAUGGUUUUCUGGAUGUACCCUCUGAUCAACCUGAUUCUGAUUCCACAACCCAACAGAUCGAUGAGAUUUAUGACGAAAAGACAGAAAGAUUUGUGGAUCCAGAUACGAAGAAACCUUAUACCCUUACUGAAGCGAUGGAGGUCGGACUGGUUGAUCCUAAUGCUGUAAUUUAUAAUCCUAGAACCGCUGAGGCUGUGACGACCAGAGAAGCGCUACAGAGGGGAAUGAUCGAUCCUGUCACGGGAAAGACGAAAGGCCCUGAAGGACGUGGAGGGGUUUCAUUGAAAGAGGCUGCGAAAUUGGGAUUAUUGGCCGUGGUUGCUGCUCCCGUUCUUGCUGGAAAGGCGGUAUACGAUGCUGUUCGUGAUGCCUCUGCGAGUAAAGAUAAGGCUGAGGAGCCUGGAAAACAAAGGGAACAAAUUGGACCGUUGUCUCGUGUGAGAGAAGAACAGAAAGCUUCAUCGGUUGUGUUCGAACAGACACUGUCAGUGGUAGACGGUGGUCUUCAAGGACAGUCGAUGAUGCCCAAGAAACCUGUAAAACCAUUGCCAAUCAAGGAAAAACAAGAAGCAGCGACAAAGCCGCAGGAGCAACCAGAAAAAGUGGAUGAUUUGAAGCAACAGGUUGAAUCGAAACAACCUGGAGAAUCCUCGAUGAAUCUGAUCGAACGAGAGAAGUUGGAAGAGUCCUUGAAGCAUCCAAUAAAAGAAAAGGACAAAUUGGAUGCAGAAGUAUCGAAAACGAUGGAAUUAGAAACAGGUCAAAGACCACCAGAAGUACAAGAACAGCAGUCAGAGAAGUCUGUGAUGUCUUCUGUUCGGAUAGAAGAGCCAGAACAAGCCUUGAAAACACAGUACCAGCACAAAGAAGAAAUGAAAACACUGCCAGAGGAUACUUCAGAAGAGUCUGAACAAUCGGAGAUCGAGAAGGAUCACGAACAAGAAUACGAAUUGGAAUCCACUGAAGGAAGAAGGUUUGUGAUCCAGAUCACUCCCACUUUAACAGCCAGGGAUCUCGUCGCCCGAGGUGCUUACGAUCUAGAGAAAGAGAAGUUCGUGGAUCCUGAAACGGGAGACGUGGUCUCGUUCAAUGACUUCGUGAUGUACCUAGGAAUGUUCGACCCUGAUCAGGUGUUAGUCAAAGAUCUGUCUUGUAAAACUGGGGACAGGUUCGUGUCCCUUCGGGAAGCAAUCUCCAAACCCCUUGUGGAUAGAAACCUGGGGUACAUGGUCGACCCGAAGACAGGUAAAAAGAUUCCGUUCUUCGAGGCGGUGAAACUGGGCCAGAUCAAGGGGAGGCCAGCAAUGCAACGACCAGACAUCGUUGUGGUACCAGGACAAGAAGGUUUAAGUCUACGGAACGCCAUUGCAGAAGGUCUGCUCGAUCCAGAGACCUGUGAAGUGCAGGACCCAACGUCGAAUCAGAUGUUGACGUUGAACGAAGCUAUAGAGAUAGGACUCAUCGAUCCCAGCUCGAUCAGUAUCAGGGACCCCCUAAAUGACGACGUUCAGUCCCUUCAGGAACUACUCGAGGCUGGAGGAAGAGUUGACGUUCAGGACGCUUUUAUCAAAGGCUUGGUCGCCCCAAAAUCACGCAAACCAAUAUCACUGGAGGCUGCCAUCAGGAAGGGUCUUUACGACGAGAACACCGGUACCAUUCUGGACACGUUGACCGGCCAGCCGAUAGACGUAGAAGAAAGCGUCCGUAGAGGUUUAAUCGACGCGUUCAUCAGCGAGUGCGAGGACACAAAAGCUGGGACAUUCCUGUCGUUGGAAGAAGCUCUGGGCGAAUCGAAGCUUCUCAAUCCCAGGACUGGUCGAUUACGAGACACCAAAACCGGGGAAUCUCUUCCGUUGAACGUUGCUCUCAAGAGAGGCAUCAUCGCCACUACAGGAUUCGUUCCCACUCUGAUCGAUGCGAUCGUUCAAGAAUACUAUUCUCCUGCGACUGGACUGGUCGCUAAUCCGACAACAGGCGAAGAGACCACUCUGAAAGAGGCACUUGCCACCGGUUACGUCGACGGCGAGACAACUGUGGUAAGGGACGAUCGAAACGACCGAGUGUUGCCAUUGCACGAAGCCGAGCAGAAUCAGUUGAUCGAUCUCGAGAAAGGAAUACUGAUUUCACCGCAUCCGAUGACGUUGGACGUCGCCCAUGAGAAAGGAUACAUUCUAAGUACCGUGAAACCCUGGUCCCUGCAAGAGGCUCUCGCUCAUCAGACUUACGACCCCGAGAAAGGUACCUUCGACAUAGAUGGCACCACCUAUACACUCGAGAAAGCUCUCGAGAUGGGCCUGAUCGCCAAAGACAGUCCCUCCGUGAAGGAUCCAAAGAACAGCGAGAUUAUUUCUUUAGGAGAAGCUAUAAAACAAGGCCUGAUCGAUCCUAAAACAGGCACCGCUAUUGAUACCUCCACCAGCACACCUUUGUCUCUCACAGACGCUCACGAUCGUGGGCUGAUAGUACCAGCGAAGAGAAAGAUUUCUUUACCCGAAGCGGUUUUCAAGGGCCUCUACGAGCCGACCACCGGUCGCUUCAUCGUUCCAGAGACCCGCGAGAAGCUGCCGACCGAUCGUGCGAUCAAAGCAGGCGUGAUCGAUCCAAGCACCGCGGUGGUAAUUCGUCAACCGGACGGCAAAGCGAUCACCUUCGAUAAGGCCAUCAAAGAGCUGAUAAUUGAUCCUAAAACGGGCACAGUGACCAACGAGAAAGGGAAACCUGUGGACUUUCGGGAAGCAUUGGAACACGGUUUGCUGUUGGAGGCACGCCGACCGAUGACCUUCAGCGAAGCGAUCUCAAAAGGAAUCUUGGACGUGAGAACAAACAUGUUCCUCGAUCCCCAAUCGGGCGUCUAUCUCAGUCUGUUGGAUGCUAUCCAGAGGAACCUGAUAGACGCUGAUUCGGUAACGGUGAAAGACGGCAGGAGUGGUUUGCGCGAGAGGAUUUCACUAAUGGAAGCUAUAAGAACAGGUUACAUCGACGGUUCCUCUGGCAAAGUCAGCGCCACGGCCGAUUCCGAUAUGUCCCUGCAAGAAGCCCACGAUGCUGGGCUGAUAGUCGAUCAUAGAGCCGCGGUAUCCCUGCAACGGGCGAUCCAUCAGGGCUUGUACGAUGAACAGACCGGAAAGAUCACGGAUCCCAGUACAGGAAGGUUAGUCACGUUGCAUGAAGCGAUGAGGAACUGUCUGGUGAAUCCUACUUUACCUUGUUAUUGGGACAAACGAGCAGAUAGAUUGCUCUCGCUGGCGGAGACCUGCCGAGCAGGAGUGAUCGACAGGAGGUCAGGGAUGUUUAAAGAACCUGGAGGUAAUAGAUCGGUGUCUUUAAGUCUGGCCUUGCAGCUGGGUCUUAUAAUAGACAUCGAGACCACAGAGUUCAGUCUACAUCAAGCGAUCAUGAUGAAUAUCUAUGAUCCUUCUUCAGGAAAGUUCACUCAUCCAUCCACCAACAGGAAGCUAACGUUAGCGGAGUCCUGCAGAUCGGAACUGAUCGAUCCUCUCACCUCGAUCGUGCGUGAUGUUCGAUCCGAUAGAUACAUGCCACUCACGGACGCGAUCUCUUUGACGGUGAUCGACGAGACACGCGGCACCUACAACACCCUACCAGAAGGACUCAUUGAUCUGAAGGAAGCUUUCAGGAGAGGACAUAUUGUUCCCUCGAAAUUUCCAUUGAGCAUAGAGGAAGCAAUCGCCAGCGACCUUUACCGCGGUCAAACGGGACUGUUCGUUGAUCCACGUACCAACGAGAGUCUCGAUCUCACGCGUGCCUUCAAUGUGGGCCUCCUCGAUCCCGACACCACCGCCUUGAAGGACGCCACCACCGGUCAGAUAACGUCCCUGUUGAUGGGCAUCGAGAACGGCGCGAUAGACGUUCCUCAUGGUCGUAUUCUCGACUCGAAAACGAAACGUGGUUAUCCAAUUGAUGUUGCCCUCGAACGUGGCCUGCUGGUCACCCUCGAGAAACCCCUGACGCAUCAGCCAGCUCGACGAAGUCUUGCACGUAAAGACGAGCCCAGACAAGAGUACACCAUCCAAGAGGCGAUCGAGAACCGUCUUCUGGAUCCGAACACAGCGGUAGUCAGAGACCCGAAAACUGGUCGUUUCAUAACCAUCAAUAGCAUCCUAACAGACGGUAUCCUCGAUCCGUCCAGCAGAGGUACGAUCGCGUCAGACUCGCCUAAGACUCCCGAUGGCAAGCUGACGCCUCGAUUCGUUCGAUUCGGGGACGUCGAGGUGUUCUUCACGCGACCUCUAACCUUCGAGGAAGCCAUAGACGAGGGACAUUUGUCCGUAGAAACUGGAAAACUGACCGAUCCCAAGACCGGUGAUAUUGUAACCUUGAAGGACGCGGUUGGUUUGGGUAUCGUGGACUCGGAUAGCGCGUUGAUCAAAGAUACCAAGAAGAAGAAACUGGUGAAAUUAGCCGUGGCGUUUAGGAAAGGUCUAAUGGACGCUGAGAAGGGAAAUGUUCUAGAGACAGAGACCUCGAGAUUGUACCCGUUAUCGCGAGCCUUAGAGGCGGAGCUGCUUAUCACCCCCAAACGCGGUCUGCCGUUCAUCGAGGCGUUGGAGUACGGGCUGUACGACACGGCGUCCGGUCGAUUCGACGAUCCGUUCCAGGUCGCGUCCGCUCUAGACCGCGUGCCCGCCGCGUUAAGGGAGGCGAUCGACGCUGGAUCGAUCGAUCCGUCCGGUACGGUGAUCAAAGAACCGGGGACCGGUAGAAUCGUUAGUUUGUUAGAGGCUAUAAGCGUGGGGAUAGUAGAUCCUAUAGCGGGCAGGCUUUGUUGCGAGGACCAAUCGGGAAAGAGCCUUGACUUCGCGAAAGCCCUGGACCAGGGUUAUAUUCUCACCGCAGAAGCUAGGCAAGCGGUCGAGGAGAAGUACAAACUGUGCGACGAGACCUCCUCGAAAUUGCUACAAUGGAUAACCGAGGUCGAGGAGAAGCUGGCCAAUCAGGAAAACGUCAAAGAGGAUGUCGACGAGCUGCGGACUCAGAUAAACGCGAUGAAGGGGAUCAAAGAAGACCUCGAAGCCCAUGCCCGACCAGUCUCCUCCUGUCUCGAUCAGAUUCGUCAAGUGGUCCUCACCGGUGGCAACGUGUUGUCCAGCGAGGAAGUGUCCACCUUGGAGAAGAACGGUCGGUCCUUGAAGACAAGGUUCGACAGAGCCUCGGACCGUACCGAGAGGAUGGUCAAGCGUUUGAUCGCUGCCAGAGACGAAUUGGUCAAAUUCAAGAACGAAUUAUCGACCUUCUCCCAUUGGCUGGAUAACGCAAGACGUGUUCUGGAAGAGAAGGAGCAUUCCUUGUCCGACCUAAACAGACUAAGCAGCAGCACCGACUCUACCAGAGACUUCAUCAGCGAUGUUAUAGCGCACCAAGCUGAUCUUAGAUUCAUCACCAUGGCCGCGCAGAAGUUCGUCGACGAGAGCAAAGAGUUCUUGCACGUACUGAACGAGUUCCGCACCAGUUUGCCCCAGAGGUUGUCUCACAAGGAGCCAAUGUCCAGUCAAGACUCUCCAGUGAGAGGCGAAGUCUCGAUAGUCACUGCUCAGUACAAAGAUCUGCUGUCCAGAGCCAACCUUUUGUCCGACAAACUGUCUGGAGUUGGGGGAAGGCAGAGGGACUAUCGUGAGUCAUUGGAGAAAGCCAGGAGGUGGUUGAAGGAAGUCGAGCCCAAGGUUCACAGAGCCAUCUCCGAGGCGAUCGCAGCCGAACCGAAACAGGUGGAGGAACAGUUGAGCAGGGCAAAGGCAUUGAACAACGACAUGCUUGCGAAUGAACGUUUAGUGGAGAACGUCAAGGUCACCGUUGACGCUCUCCUGAGGUCCCUUGAUGGACAGCUGACACCGAAGGAGGUCGACGAACUCGAAGAGCCUGCCAGAGCUUUAGAGGACAAGUAUAGACAGCUGACGAACGCAAUUGCCGAGAAGUGUCAAGAACUGGACGCAGCUUUGGUGCGUAGUCAGGGUGUACAGGAUGCAUUGGAUAAUUUAGUGCUUUGGUUGAACAAUAUCGAGAGUCAGUUCAAGAACAUCCAACGACCAGCAAGCUUGCAGAAGGAACGCCUGGAAGAGCAGCAGAGGGACCAACGUCUCCUGCAGGCAGAUUUGGACAGCCAUCGUCUGAGCGUAGAAGCGGUUGCGUCCAGUGCAAGGGAUCUGCUUACGAAUUCAAGCAACGCAAAGAUCGCGAAGCAUAUAGAGAGCAAACUGAAAGACGUCCAGGGCAGGUUCGAGAAGUUGAUGGACAAGUCUCUUCGCAGAGGUGAAUUCCUCGAUGAAAUCGGCCAAGCUCUCGGCGACUUCUUGCUGGAGACCUCAAAGUUCGACAGCUGGUAUGCUCAUAUAAUCGAGGCUCUUGAGUCGAGGGACUUGAGCAAAUUGGACGUUGCCGAGUACGAGACUAAAAUGGCGAAUUUGAUGGACAAACGGGAGGAUCAACGUGCCAACUUCGAAGAUCUAAUACGCAAUGGGAAGACCUUGAUUUCGAAGAAAGACGUCACGGAUGUCGCACCUAUCAGAGACAAGAUCAAAGCUCUCGAGACUCAAUGGAAGGAAGUGAACAAUCUGAUCGACGAGAAACAACGGCUCAGCAAGUCCAGAGCGGAACAGCUUUCUGCGUACGAGAAGCUUCGCGAUCAGGUUAUCGAUUGGCUGACAAGAACGGAAAACAAGGUUCAGACCCUCGAACCUGUGGCUGUCGACUUGGAGAAGUUGAAGCGACAGGUUGAUGAGCUAAAACCUAUUCAGAAAGAAUAUCGCGAUUACGGUAACACUGUGGAUAAGGUCAACGAUCUUGGAAUCGCUUACGAUGGCUUGCUGAAGGAACGCACUGAGAGUCCAACUCGCCGUCGUGGCAGCACUAGUCCAACCAAGAGACCAGUACGCCGAAUGUCACAAGACGGUCGCUCACCAUCUCCCGCUAAAUUGUAUGCUGCUCAAAGUCCGGUCUCCCCAGGUGGUAGCAGCGGGUUCAGUAGUCGUCGCUCCAGUCAGGACGGUUUUCACCUCGAGGACCUGUCGCCUGUCCAACAACAGCUUUCCGAGAUCAACAAUAGAUACGGCCUGCUUGGCGUUCGGUUGACUGAUCGCCAAACGGAACUGGACAACGUGAAGGAUGAGCUGAGGAGACACGUGGACAACUUGAAGACCCUGUCUCAGUUUCUGGAGAAGAUCAAGCGACAGAUACCGAAAGAGACGAUGCCAAGCACCAAAGAAGAAGCGGAUAAGACUGCCAAGCAAAUCAAGGCGGUCAUCGAAGAGAUGUAUGAAAAACAGUCGUUGCUGGACACCACAAGAACUCAAGUCCGUGAUCUGGUCAGACGCAAGAAGGGUGCAGAUGGUGUAGACAGGCUAAACGAUGAAAUGGAAAAUGUAACCAGCAGAUGGAAGUCGUUCAGUGAUCGUUGCAAGGACAGGAUAAAGUUCCUGGACGACGUGAAAGACUUCUACGAUACAUCAGAGGGCCUGGUCUCUUGGCUUGGAUCGAAAGAAAGAAUGUUGGGCGCGCUGGGUCCGAUCUCAGCCGAUCCCAGAAUGGUCGCGAGCCAAGUGCAACAGGUUCAGGUUUUGCGAGAAGAAUUCCGCACUCAACAACCUCAGUUGGACCACCUCGUCCAAGUUGGUGAAAAUAUUCUUGCCGUGGUGGGAACUGAUUCCGCAGACGGGCAGAGAACCAGCAUGAAAUUGAAAUCGAUUCUGGACAAAUGGUCCGAUCAGUUGGCCAGACUCGACGAGAGGGCGCAGAGCUUGGGCGAUGCGGUCGACACCAGCCGCGAAUUCGACGCGAGUCUAAAUCGUUUGCGUGACGCUCUACAAGGUAUCUCUGACAAUCUGGACGAAUUGACCCUUGAAAAGGAUCCAGAGGAUCAACUGCGGAAGAUCGAGAAUCUUGAAAGACAAUUGGAGGGACAAAGGCCUUUGUUGGCUGAUGCCGAAGCAGCCGGUGAACAGCUCUGCGAAGUUCUCAGCGAUCCAGCCUCCAAAUCCGAGAUCCAUGGAAAAUUGGCCGCUGUUGGUAGAAUGUACAACAAUCUUCAGAAGAAGUUGGACCACAAGAAGGCUGAGAUAGAGGGUAACUUGAGAGACGGAAGACAAUUCGAAGCGUCUUGCACUAAAACGUUGGGCUGGCUUGCCGAUGAACUUGGAAACAUGUCCGAGAAACUGUUGGUGUCCGCUGAUCGAGAUGUCUUGCAACAGCAGCUUGAUCACCAUGAGCCUAUAUAUAGAAACGUGAUGGGCAAAGAACACGAGGUCAUCAUGCUUUUGAACAAAGGUCGUGACAUGAUCACUCGAUCCCAGAAAGUCGAGAACAGAUCUUUGCAACGCGAUUUGGACAAGAUGCAGUCGCAAUGGGAUCGUUUGAAGAAGGAUAUCCUCGACAGGCACACGAAGCUACAGACUUGCGCGGAACACUGCAAGAAGUACUACAAAGCGCAGGAUGCGUUCUUGCCAUGGCUUAGGCAGGCUGAAGAUCGACUCGAAUGUCUGAAACCGGCCUCUUUCAAGCGCAAAGACAUCGAGAAACAGCUGAAGGAACUUUCCUCGUUCAGAAACGAAGUUUGGAAACAUUCCGGUGAAUUCGAGAACAACAAGACACUCGGAGAGACCUUCCUUGGUGCGUGCGACAUUGACAAGCAGAACGUCAAGAAUGAGCUUGGCGCAAUGAAGACCAGAUGGGACAAAUUGAACAACGAUCUAUUGACAAGAACACAAUCAUUGGAGGACACUGCACGACAUUUGAUGGACUUCAACGAGAAUCUGCGGGACCUGCGACACGGCUUGCAGCGUUGCGAGGACAAGCUGGCGUCUCACGACGCAAACAAGAUUCGAUCUUUACGAGAAGAAACGACAAAUCUGAAGAAACCCUUGCAAUGCGUGAAACAGCAGGCCAAUGACUUGGCGAACAAAGCUGGAGAACAGGGUGUCGAUGCGACGCACUUGCAGGAUGAAGUGGACAAUCUGACGGAUCGAAUAAACGAUUUGCAAGCAAAAUUGGACGAUAGAUGCAACGAAUUGCAGAGUGCAGCCACAGCAGUAGCACAGUUCAACGACCAUGCGAAAUCUAUCGGUCAACAAGUCUCCAGUCUCGAGAAAGAACUGGACUCCAUGAAAGCACCUGGCAGAGAAAUCAAGAUCGUGCGAUCUCAGAUCGAGGAAACGAGCAAGGUUAUCACCAAAGUGAACAGGCUGUACGAGGAGGUUACCGAUCUAGAAAAUCUUGGAGAACGUCUGGUCGAUUACGGGUUCGCGGCUGACGCUGCAGCGACAAGGGAACAAGUAGCCGGCUUGAAACGACAAAUCGGCAAGCUCGAUGAUCGUUCACGCGAUCGCCACGACGAGCUAACCAGUACCCUGGACAAACUGCAGGAAUUCUACCAAGCGCAUGUGAACGUCAUGACCGAAAUCGACGAGGCGAACGAUCACUUCAGAAGGUUCAAACCUGUCGGUUCCGAGGUGGAGUCUAUAAAGGCGCAGCAGGAGGACUUCAGGCUUCUGAAGCUCAAGAAAAUCGAACCCCUGGCCCGUGCUGUCGAUGACUGCAACCUUUUUGGCCAGGCAUUGAUACAAACCGCGGGUCGCGACGUUAACACCGGCAACAUUGAAAAAGACGUUGACAAAAUGAACGAGAGAUGGAACGAUCUGAAGGAUCGACUGAACGAACGGGACAGGAGGUUGGACGUGGGGCUCCUUCAAUCAGGAAAAUUCCAAGAAGCCCUGGACGGUCUGGAGAAAUGGCUCACGGACACGGAGGAGAUGGUGUCCAACCAGAAAUCACCGUCUUCGGACUACAAGGUGGUCAAGGCGCAGUUACAGGAACAGAAGUUCCUGAAGAAGAUGCUGAUGGACCGACAGAACUCGAUGUCGUCCUUGUACAACAUGGGCCAGGAAGUAGCGGCAGGAGCUGACCCUAAGGAGAGGAAGAUGAUUGAGAAACAGUUGAAGGAACUCGUAGGUCGAUUCGACAACCUGACAGAGAGUGCCGCCGAAAGGAUGGACGCCCUGGAACAGGCCAUGGGAGUGGCGAAACAGUUCCAGGAUAAACUGAUACCUUUGGCGAUCUGGUUGGACAAGACCGAGAAACGUGUCAGAGAUAUGGAAUUGGUACCCACAGACGAGGAGAAGAUUCAACAACGUGUCGCUGAACACGACGCCCUUCACGAAGACAUCCUGUCUAGGAAACCCGAUUUCAGCGAGCUCACAGAGAUCGCCAGUCAAUUGAUGGCCCUCGUCGGCGAGGACGAAGCCGCGACUUUAGCCGAUAAACUGCAGGACGCCGCUGACAGAUACGCCGCUCUAGUCGAGCGAUCAGAGGCCCUCGGUACUCUGCUACAGAGAUCGAGGCAGGGUUUGCGGCAUUUGGUUCUCAGCUACCAGGAACUCCAGGCCUGGAUGGAGGGCAUGGAGAUCAGGUUAUCGAAAUACCGGAUCCUGGCUGUUCAUACCGAGAAGCUUCUCCAGCAAAUGGAAGAUCUAGCCGAUCUCACCGAAGAAGUCUCCACACGACAGACCGAAGUGGACAGCACCACCGACGCUGGCUUGGAGCUGAUGAAACACAUUUCCAGCGACGAGGCUCUUCAGCUGAAGGACAAGCUCGACUCCCUGCAACGACGAUUCAACGAUCUAGUUAGUCGCGGUUCCGACCUCUUGAAACACGCCCAAGAAUCCCUGCCAUUGGUCCAACAGUUCCAUGACAAUCAUAACAGACUGAUGGACUGGAUGCAGGCCGCGGAAUCCGCUCUGCAAUCAGCGGAACCCCGCGAGGAUGAAAUCGUCAGACUAGAAAUGGAGAUAUCAGAGUACAGACCGGUCUUGGACAAGAUCAACGCGGUUGGACCACAGCUGUCUCAACUGUCCCCCGGCGAGGGAGCAGCCACCAUAGAAGGUUUAGUCACCAGAGACAACAGGCGGUUCGACGCGAUCGCGGAACAGAUUCAGCGAAAGGCGGAGAGGAUUCAGCUUAGCAAACAACGAUCUUUAGAGGUCAUUGGCGAUAUUGAUGACCUCCUGGAAUGGUUCCGUGAGGUCGACAACCAGUUACGCGAAGCCGAGCCGCCGAGCAGCGAACCGGAAAUCAUCAGGGUACAGCUGAAAGAACAUAAAGCAUUGAACGACGAUAUAUCCAGUCAGAAGGGUCGCGUCAGGGACGUGAUAUCGACCGCGAAGAAGGUGAUCCGCGAGAACGGCCAGCACGAGGACACCUCGACCAUCCGUGAAAAGAUGGAGGAUCUCCGAGAGACCAUGGAGAUCGUCUCUGGUCUAUCCGCGGACAGACUUGGCGCUUUGGAGCAAGCAUUGCCGUUGGCCGAACACUUGCGCGACACUCACAUAGGUUUGGUCAGCUGGCUCGAGGAGGCCGAACACCAGGUCGCCAUGUUGCCCAUGCCCGCGUUGAGACCCGAUCUAAUCGCCGCCCAACAGGACAAGAACGAGCUUCUCAUGCAGAGUAUCAACGAGCACAGGCCUCUUGUAGAAAAACUGAACAAGACUGGUGAGGCUCUGUUGAAGCUCUGCAACGAGGAAGAAGGUAUCAAGAUACAGGAUAUAUUGGAGGCAGACACCGCCAGGUAUGCCGCACUCAGAGCCGAGCUUCGAAGUCGACAACAGACUCUCGAACAGGCGCUCCAAGAAUCAUCUCAGUUCUCGGACAAACUGGAGGGUAUGCUGCGCGCCCUGUCCUCCACGGCGGAUCAGGUGAACGGCGCAGAACCAAUCAGCGCUCAUCCGCCUCGUUUGCGUGAUCAGAUGGAGGAGAACACGGCCCUGGUCGACGAGCUCGCUCAUAGAUCCGAGGCGUACGCGGCCGUUCGGAGAGCUGCCGACGAUGUGAUCAGUAAAGCCGGCAACAGGGCAGAUCCAGCCGUGAAGGACAUCAAACGGAAGCUGGAGAAGUUGAAUAAAUUAUGGAGCGACGUGCAGAAGGCGACCAACGAGCGUGGUCACACCCUGGACGAUGCUCUAUCCAUCGCCGAGAAAUUCUGGUCCGAGCUGAACGGCGUGAUGUCCACCUUGAGGGAACUACAGGAUGCUCUGGCGGGCCAGGCACCCCCAGCUGCUCAACCAGCCGCGAUACAACAGCAACAGGUCGCUCUGCAGGAGAUCAGACACGAAAUCGACCAGACGAAACCGGACGUUGAACAGGUCCGUGCCUCUGGUCACGAGUUGAUGGGUCUGUGCGGUGAACCAGACAAACCGGAGGUCAGGAAACACAUCGAGGACCUGGACCAGGCGUGGGACAAUGUAACAGCUUUGUACGCCAGACGGGAGGAGAAUCUGAUCGAUGCGAUGGAGAAGGCGAUGGAGUUCCACGAGACGUUGCAGAAUCUUGUGGAGUUCUUGCAGGAGGCCGAGGACAAGUUCGCCCGUAUGGGACCGUUGGGCAGCGACAUCGACGAAGUUAAGAAACAGAUCAAACAGUUGGCCAAUUUCAAGGCCGAAGUUGAUCCUCACAUGGUCAAGGUCGAGGCUCUGAACAGGCAAGCAGCUGAACUAACGGAAAGAACAUCCUCGGAGCAAGCGGCAGCCAUCAAAGAACCAUUAGGCGCGGUGAACAAGAGGUGGGACGGUCUGUUGAGGGGCGUCGUCGAGAGACAGCGACUUCUGGAGAACGCUCUGCUACGUCUUGGACAAUUCCAGCACGCCCUGGACGAGCUUCUCGUCUGGAUCGAGAAGACGGACGACACCCUCGACAACCUGAAGGCGGUGGCUGGCGAUCCACAGGUGAUCGAGGUGGAACUGGCUAAGCUGAAGGUUCUGGUUAACGAUAUACAGGCUCAUCAGACGAGCGUCGACACACUGAACGACGCUGGCAGACAGUUGAUAGAGGACGGCAAGGGAACUGCUGAGGCGUCAACCACAGCCGAAAAAUUGGGCACAUUGAACCGUCGAUGGCGCGAUCUGCUUCAACGAGCCGCAGAUCGACAACGUGAACUCGAGGACGCUCUCAGAGAGGCGCAAUCCUUCACAGCAGAGAUCCAGGAUCUCCUGUCCUGGCUGGGCGACGUGGAUAACACCAUCGUGGCGUCGAAACCCGUCGGAGGACUGCCGGAAACCGCCUCGGAACAGCUCGAACGUUUCAUGGAGGUGUACAACGAAUUAGAACAGAACAGGCCUAAAGUGGAGACGGUUCUUCAGCAAGGACAGGAGUACCUGAAACGCGCGGACACGAGCAGCGCCGGUGGACUGAAUCACAAUCUGAGGACGUUGAAGCAACGAUGGGACAACGUCACGGCCCGAGCUAGCGACAAGAAAAUCAAGUUAGAAAUAGCCCUGAAAGAGGCCACGGAGUUCCACGAUGCCCUCCAGGCGUUCGUUGAUUGGCUGACCAAUGCGGAGAAGAUUCUAACGAAUCUGAAACCGGUGUCGAGGGUGAUGGAGACUAUACUUGGUCAGAUAGAGGAACACAAGUCCUUCCAAAAGGAUGUCAGUGUUCACCGCGAGACAAUGUUGAACCUCGACAAGAAAGGGACGCAUUUGAAGUACUUCUCCCAGAAACAGGACUUCCACGAUGCCUGGUCCAACCUGAUGAACUGGUUGGACGAGACGGAAAGGACUUUAGACGAGGUCGCUGUGGAUGGUGGACUAGGUGGUAACGAUCCUGAGAAGAUAAAGGCUCGACUGAACAAACAUCGGGAACUACAGAAGGCUUUGAGCGCUAAACAGGGCGCCUACGACGUCACCAUGAAGAACGGCAAGUCGUUAAAGGACAAGGCUCCGAAAACCGACGAGUUCGCACUGAAGGAACUUCUGAACGAACUCAAGAACAAAUGGACCACCGUUUGUGGGAAAUGUGUGGACAGACAGAGAAAGCUCGAGGAAGCUUUGCUGUUCUCCGGACAAUUCAAGGACGCUAUUCAAGCGUUGUUGGAGUGGCUCAGCAAGUCGGAGAAACAGCUGGCAAACACUGGACCGUUGCACGGUGAUCUGGACACCGUGGUGAACCUGGUGGAACAGCACAAGACCUUCGAGAAAGACCUGGAAUCCCGUGCCUCGCAGAUGGAGUCCGUGAUCAGAACCGGCCGUGAGCUUCUCGGCAAAGCGACGCCCGACGACGCGUCCGCCAUCGGUUCACAGCUGACCGAAUUGAACGAUUUAUGGAACACGGUGUCGCGGUUGUGCACCAGGAAGACCGAUCGCCUCGAGGACGCGCUCAGAGAAGCGGAACGACUGCACAAGGCGGUCCACGUGCUUCUCGAGUGGCUGAGUGACGCGGAAAUGAAGCUCAGGUUCGCUGGACAGCUGCCCGAGGACGAACAGGAGAGCAGGAAUCAGCUGAUGGAACACGAGAAGUUCCUCAGAGAAUUGCGCACCAAGGAGACCGAGAAGGAUCAAACAUUGGAGCUUGCACACUCGAUUCUCGGGAAAGCUCAUCCAGACGGGGUGCUGGUUAUCAAACAUUGGAUCACGAUCAUUCAGUCGAGAUGGGAGGAGGUGGCCACUUGGGCACAGCAGAGAAAUCAGAGAUUGGAGAACCAUAUGCGGGGACUUCAGGACCUCGAUAACCUUCUGGAGGAGCUGCUCUCGUGGCUAGAGGGACUGGAGAACACGCUGAACGCCCUCGAAGCGGAACCAUUACCAGAUGACAAACCCACGUUGGAGAUGUUGAUCGCGGAUCACCGAGAGUUCAUGGAAAACACCAGUCGCAGACAGAACGACGUCGAUCGUGUCUGCAAGGCCAGACAGAUUAAACAAGUGAAAGACACGAAGAAGAUAACGAAGGCUAAGUCACCCGCGCCGACCCGAGCCAGCCCGGGCCGUGAGAGAACGCCAGAUUCAUUGCCGCACAUCGGCCCACGCUUCCCACCUAAAGGAAGCAAAGGCGCUGAACCGGAGUUCCGUAGCCCGAGGGUGAAGCUUCUAUGGGACAGAUGGAGGCACGUAUGGAUGUUGGCCUGGGAACGACAACGUCGACUCCAGGACAAGUACAAUUACAUUCAGGAAUUGGACCGUGUCGCGAACUUCAGCUGGGAGGAUUGGCGCAAGAGGUUCUUGAAAUUCAUGAACCACAAGAAGUCCAGACUGACGGACCUAUUCAGAAAGAUGGACAAGAACAACGACGGUCUGAUUCCUCGCGAGGACUUCAUUCAAGGAAUCAUGAACACCAAAUUCGAGACAUCACGGCUAGAGAUGGGAGCAGUCGCGGAUCUGUUCGAUCGCCACGGCGAGGGAUUGAUCGACUGGAAAGAGUUCAUAGCCGCGCUGAGACCGGACUGGGAGGAACGCAGGACGUACAACGACACCGACAAGAUCCACGACGAAGUGAAACGACUCGUGAUGCUCUGCACUUGUCGUCAGAAGUUCCGAGUAUUCCAAGUCGGUGAAGGAAAAUACAGGUUCGGCGACAGUCAGAAACUACGAUUGGUUCGAAUCCUACGAUCCACCGUGAUGGUACGAGUCGGCGGUGGAUGGGUAGCCCUGGACGAAUUUUUGUUAAAGAAUGAUCCUUGCCGCGCCAAGGGAAGAACGAAUAUCGAGCUGCGAGAGCAAUUCAUACUGGCGGACGGUGUCAGCCAGACAAUGACGGCGUUCAAGUCGAAGCCGAGCCCGACGUCGACGCUCCAACGCGCGCAAAUGUCAUCCGCGAACACCGGACCUAUCACCAAGGUGAGGGAACGCAGCGCACGAAGCGUUCCCAUGGGACAGACACGAGCCUCGCGCUCUUCGUUGAGUGCUGGGACACCGGACAGCCUCAGCGACAACGAGAGCUCGUUCAGAAUUGGCUCCGCCAGGAAGACAAGCACACCUUACAGAAGUACCAUUACGCCGGGCGGUAGUCGUCCAUCGAGCAGACCAGCGUCAAGACCAGCGUCCAGACCGACCAGUAGACCCGGAAGCAGGCCCGCCUCCCGACAGGGUAGCAAACCACCGAGUCGCUACGGUUCCACGCAGUCUCUCGACAGCACAGAUGAUUCGACCAACCUGAGCCGCAUACCGCGCAGAACUACGGUCAGCACAACUGGAAAUACACCGACCUCCAGCAGACACAACAGUGUGUCUGGUAAACGACUGGGAACGCCUGUGAACGGUUCCAGUUCACGUCCACGAACGCCCACCGGUCUAGUUAGUCCAGCCAGUGGCGUUCCAGCGAGGUUUGGCACAAUCCAUAGAGCUUCGAGCAUUCCAACCCUGACUGGUGUCGGCACACCGAUCAGCCGCUCGAGGAUCCCCGUGUACGUGGGCACGGAUAUUAAAUCCCCGCAAUCGACGACCAGCAAUAUUUCCACCCAUUCCAUGCAAAGCAACGACUCGACGGUUUCUACCGAUUCCACCGGGAGCAGUUCGAUGUGUACAAAUUCAGCGACUAACACCUCGUCGGCGGUAAAGCCUGAUAGAACGAGGACACCGUCCAGUGGAUCGAGCACGCCGUUGCCGCCAUCAUUAAAGCUCUCGAGAAAACCGUCGGGCGCCUCGGACACAUCCGUCUCGACGACACCGACCACCCAACGGAAGGGAAAGCCAACGCCGAUCGACCAACGUGCACCAUUCCGAUUAUAGUCGCGCCCUCCCCCGGGCAUCAUCGUAUUAUAGUCACGCGAAAACGAAAUUAUGGCCAAACGUGUCGGCGAGGACACGGGAUCGCGACCCACGCGGGGGAUCCUCCUUGUCGACGCAACGCUUAGGAUAGUCUAAUAUAUAUAUAUAUAUAUGUGUAUGUUAAUAACGAUUCGAAAUCGCGAGGACGCCUUGAUGAAACAACACCCAGAUCAAUUUAAUAUUCGCUGCUGCCGCUUGGAUCGCGUUCGAUCGAUAUCCCCGUACAGCGCGAAGCCCUUCACCGCACGCGCAGCAGGGCGUCCGUUAAUGGAGUGUGUGAAAGAGCUUAACAUUAUUAUCGAACUAUUUUGUAAAGAAAGAAAAAACAAACAAACAACCAUGCAUAGAAUCAAGUGAUGCGAAUUAUGUACGCGACGCGCGAUCCAACAGAGAAAUUAUCCAGGGGGACCCGCGGCGUGUUUGUUCUGUUACGUAAAAGCUGCGACGCUACGUAUUAUCAGAAUCAGAGUCGCCUGAACAGCUUCCUGGGUAAUCCGUGAGGCGGUAUAUCGAUUAACUCUGUUUCUUUUCGUAAAAUAAGGUUUCUUUACCCCGACACAGAGAGUACCGAUAAAACGGUGUUUAUUAUUAAAUGUAUAAUUGUAACACGUUGCGUUAUCCAUAGGACUUAUAUAGGUGUUUACCAGCCGUGACAGGAGAGACACGGGGGGAGGGGGUGUAUGUGGGAGAACGUGUUCGAUAGAGGGGGUGAAAGAAUCCCUAGUCGCCGGUGUAUAUGCGUAGUUUCCCGAGUCACGAUUCGACGAUACGCGGGGCCCGUGUAUACGAUACCGUUGUCGCUGACGUUGACGACCGAUCGAUCGUUUUUCUUUUUCUUUCGUUGUUCCGUCGUGCACGAUUGCUGUUUCAUUCGAACGUCCGUCGAACUUCGGGAGACGCGUGGGGCCCUACGAAGGGAGCAAGGAUAUAUGAUCAAAAAAGAAAGAAAAUGGAAACGUGGACGCGUGUGUGUCCACGGUGUAAAUAAUUGCUCGUAUCUCUCCGGCUCGGUGUCGCAAACCGGGAACCACUCCGCGAAUAAGACAGUUUCCUAGAGAUUGACACCAGUUAAACGCUAUCACACGCAACGGAUUGCCUUAAAAGUCUAUCGCCCGUGCCGCUUCUUGCGCGAAUCGUACCUGCCUGCCGAGGCGAACCGAUCACCGGAAGUACAACCGGAAUAGGGCCCCAACGGAGGGGUUGGAGAACGGAUGGAUGGAUGGAGGGGGGUGUGCCCGGCCAAAGUAUAACCUCGUCGUAACCGAGGACACGCGUUCGUCAGCCAAAGCAGCCUCCCCCCGCCAUCAAGCGUCGUGAACACAUCUCGAUUUCUUGCUGCGGACAAAAACUAAAGGUGGCAUUUCUUUCGUCCCGUCAUAUUUUUCUCUCUCUUCUGUUUCUGUUUUUUGUUGCCUCAUUUUUUACGUUCUAGAAUUUUGCGAUUAACGCACGGAUACUCGUACCCGAUGAUGCGAUUUAAUCUAUUAAUCUAUUCUUAAAUGUUAAUCUCUGUUUUUUUUUUCGCUUUACUUGAAGGUUCUGUAUCGUCGCUAACUAAUUGCAGUGGAAAGAAAAAAUAUACGCAAACGCACACGCAUUUGACACCAAAAAAAAAAAAAA